GUCUUUUCAGCCCAAACGGGGAGGGGAGAGAGACAGAGGGGGCCCUUUCUUGGUUUCUGCCCUACGCCCCCCAUUGGCAUUUAUAUACUAGUACUGCAUCUAUCCAUCCAUCUCUCUCGCUCUCUUCUCUCGUGCUGCCGCUUGUUGCCAUUAUUAGAUGGUCUCCCGCAGCUGAGAUGCGAGUCGGCUUUGUUUGAUUCCCCAUCCUUUGUGAUUCAGUUGCAUGUGACCUGCUCGAUCUUGCUCCUACCUCGCUCUGGUUGUUGGAUGCCUAGUGUGUCCGGAAGCUGAAGAUCCUGCAAAAAGCAUUCUUGUCUUGGCCCAAAGAAAAUCCAGGCUCUGACAGUCUGGUUUCCCUGGGCGAAGGCAGGCAGCAAUGAUGAGCUUCAAGAGCCCCGACGGAUUUGGGCAGGUCGCUGCUGUGACCCAGGGCUCUCAUGGAGGUGGAGCCCCGGUGCCAUGGUGGGCGGUGUCCCAGCUGCUUUACGGCGAGCCGGCGGCCCUGUCGUCGCCGGAAGCGGAGGCGCACCGGAACGGCCAGUUCCAGGGCGUGCCGAGAGCUCAGGGCAUCCUGGAUCCAGCACCGGCACCGCCGGCAAAGACAGCGCAGCCGCCGGCCAAGAGUGGGGCUCCUGAAGUCCUGAAAUUCUCGGUCUUCCAAGGGAAUUUGGAGUCAGGAGGUAAAGGGGACAAAACCCAGGAGCACUCCACCACUAUUGCACUGCAGUCGCCGCUCCCAGAAUACAACAGCCGCUUUGAGUUUGGCCCUGGUCAAUCCAUGGUCUCUUCUAAUUAUCCUGGUGCUGACCAGUGCUAUGGCCUGCUUACCACUUACACAAUGAAAUCGAUGCCUGGUGGGCGAGUGCUCUUGCCACUGAAUGCACCAGCUGACGCACCAAUUUAUGUGAAUGCAAAGCAGUAUGAAGGCAUCCUUCGCCGCCGCCGUGCUCGUGCCAAGGUGGAGAGAGAAAAUCAGCUGGUGAAAGGAAGAAAGCCGUAUCUUCACGAAUCACGCCAUCGUCACGCAAUGCGCCGAGCAAGAGGCUCAGGAGGGCGCUUCCUCAACACGAAGAAAGAGGGGAAUGGGAAGGCCGCUCUUGGAGGAGGAGGCAGCAAGAGGACAGAUUGUACACCACCUGCACGCCUUGCCACGUCUCCAAACUCCGUCAUCCCGCAGUCGCAACUGGGAAACCCGCACUCCAGGAGCAGCAUCUCGAGCCUCUCUGGCUCGGAGGUGUCGAGCAUGUACGAUCACGAAGACGUUGACCACUACAACAGCAUCGAGCACCUCCGGACACCCUUCUUCACCCCGCUGCCGAUCAUCAUGGACGGUGAACACGGGGGUGCUGCCCCCUUCAAGUGGGCCACAGCUGCCGAUGGCUGCUGUGAGCUCCUCAAGGCAUGACUUGAGGGGGGUAUACCCGGACAUCCAGAUAAAAGAGCAACGGCUCAGGGACUGGCAGUCCCUAUCUAGUUGUCUGUAGGCAAAUCAUUCUUGGCUCUACUGCAUUGGGGUGCCUUCCACAUCACCUACCUGUUCCUGAAAACUCCAGUGCUGGCUCUCAGGGAUACUGUGAUGAUGGAGCUCCCCAUAUGCCUGUAAAAUAGUAUCGGAAGCACUACUGCUUACUAGCAGUGUACGAGUAUGAACUCUAUGGUGUCAGAAUAAGUCUCGAACUUUAGGAUCCUCGUUGAUGUGUUAAUCAGAGUCCGUUUGAAAUAUUCAAGCCUGAAACUUUUUUGUGCCUGUUUGUACACGUACUUUGGUAAAUUGGAGUUUGUUUGGUUUGUAAACUUUAAGACAUUCAGUAUAUUGUAAUCACGAUAUAUGGUUUGUAAGCUUGUCUAAGC